GCACUCGCCUGGCUAUUAUCACUGUCUCCCAUGUAGGCCAUAAGAGGAGGCAUGGUUGUCAUUACUCCAACCUCUCUGUCUCCCCUGCACAGCUCCUCAUCACUAGGGCUGUGCAAUUAAUCAAAUUGUGGCGAUAUUGGCCAAGUUCAUCAAGCGGUGGCUUCCCCCCCCGCCCAGAGCUGAAGCGCCUGUCACUGGUCUCCAGUCCAGCUGCCCUGCUGCCGGUCUCUUGUCCCACACUCCAGCCAUCAGACUCUAGUCUUGGUCUCCAGUCUUGUCGCAGGCCUCCUCAAGUCUCCAAAGUGUCUCCGCUCUCGUUUCCGGCCUCCAGGGGAGGCACAGAAAGAUUUGCUAGAGACACACCCCAGCAACCAAAGUCCUACAUCAUCUCUGCGGUCAGGCCCCUACAGUUUAAUGGAGGAGUUCACAUUAGCUCUUCCUUUGGAGAUUUCAGAUCCAUGGAGGGCAAAGAAGUCUGAUAAAAACAUCCCACAGACUGGAGCAGAUCACUGUCCAAUUUUUGUCUUUACCAAACAGCAAGAUCAGGUAACUAUGACUGAAUAAGACAAUAUGAUGCAGGUUAUAUGAGACUUCAAGGAAUGUACCAGAUUUAUUCAUUUCUUUUAUACAGCCAGAAUGGAUAAUAGUUUAAAUGCAACAUACAUAACUCUUGAUGGGUAUGUGGAAGUUCACAAAUAUAGAUAUCUUUAUUUUGUGAUCAUGUUUACAGCAUAUGUUCUAAUAAUUUGCAGUAAUUCUUCUAUUGUGUGCAUCAUUGUGAUUCAUGAAUCCCUCCAUGAGCCGAUGUACAUUUUCAUUGCAGCUCUGUUACUGAACUCUCUUCUUUUCAGCACUGCUAUCUACCCAAAGCUUUUGAUUGACUUUUUAUCUGAAAAACAGAUCAUAUCAUAUCCAGCCUGUCUCUUUCAGUGGUAUAUAUAUUAUGCUCUAGCCACUUCAGAAUUUUAUCUCUUGGCAGCCAUGGCCUAUGACAGGUAUGUGUCUAUAUGUAAACCUCUGCAAUAUCAAACUAUCAUGAGGAAAUCAACUGUCACUAUUUUCUUGGUUUUAGCUUGGCUUGUGCCGGCUUGUCAGGAUGUGGUGCCAGUUGUACUAAAUGCUAAUAAAAAACUCUGUAACUUUGUUUUCAAAGGAAUCAUUUGUAACAGCACAGUUUACAAACUUCACUGUGAGAGUUCAGGAGUGCUGAAUAUAUAUGGCUUGAUUGUUUUUGUAAAUGGUCUCUUUCUCCCUGUGCUCUUCAUACUUUUUACAUACACCAGGAUAUUUAUAAUAACAUAUCACAGCUGCAGAGAAGUCAGGAGAAAAGCUGCACAGACCUGUUUACCCCACCUGAUUGUUUUAAUCAGCUUUUCCUGUUUGAGUGCAUAUGAUAUACUUCUACUGCGACUGGAAACAGAUUUUCCCAAAACUUUACGUUUAAUAAUGACAUUUCAAAUACUAAUGUAUCAUCCUCUCUUCAAUCCAAUCAUUUAUGGACUAAAAAUGAAAGAAAUUUAUAAACACCUGAAGAGGUUGUUCUGCAAAAUGGCCUGAUGUUUAUAAAACUAAUAACUGUGGUACACUGACUGUUUUGUGUCAUAAAAAAGGAGAGCUGUGAUUUCUCUGGACAUUGAAAGACAAUGAAUGUAAAAUUUACAACGGUUUCAUUAAAAUCACAAGUUGAAUUAUGAAUUUCCAAUAUGUUGUUAGUUAAUUGCAGCUUAACAGAAUCCUGUUACCCAUGACGACAUGAUCAUUGUCUCGAUAUCAGAUGUUGAGUGUAUUGUUAGUUUAUAUGGCCAUAAAAUGUUGUUAACAUGUUACUAUUUAAAAUGAACAUCCUGGAAAGCAAUAUCAUGCCCACGUUUCAAAUUUGG